AUGGUGUCACUUAAGAACGCAAAGCUUCCGACAUUCCAGGGAACGAAGAAUUUCCGCCUCAGGCUUAUACUGUCGACAUUAAGUGGAAAAGCUAUUAGAAUUGAGAAAAUCAGACCUGAUGACCUGAAUCCCGGUCUCAAGGACUACGAGAUCUCGUUUCUAAGGUUGCUUGAAACAGUGACAAAUGGUUCGAUUAUAGAGAUAUCGUACACAGGUACAACGGUGAUAUACAAACCCGGACUCAUUAUUGGUGGAAACUUUACACACAACUGUCCAACAUCAAAAUCUUGCGGUUAUUUCAUCGAACCCAUGCUGUAUCUAGCGCCAUUUUCAAAGAAGAAGUUUUCGAUUGUUUUUAAUGGAAUCACGUCCUCAAAGCAGGACCCAGGCUUAGACUUCAUCAGGUGGGGGCUAUUGCCAGUUAUGGAAAAGUUUGGUGUUAGAGAAGUGGAAUUGCACACUUUGAAACGUGGUGAGCCACCAAAUGGAGGCGGUGAAGUCCACUUGUUGGUCAACUCGUUGAUUGCACAGCCGUCAACCGUCCACAUCCUUGAUCUGCCCAAGAUUUCGGCCUUGAAAGGAGUCGCAUACUGUGCAAGGGUGUCUCCAUCUGUUGCAAAUCGGCUUGUUGAUGCUGCCAGAAACGUUUUGAGGCCUACAGGGUGUCUUGUUGACAUCACCACUGAUGUCUGGAGGGGAGAGAAUUCAGGAAAAUCGCCUGGCUUUGGACUCACGUUGUUUUCGGAGUCAAAGAAGACGCCUAUUCGAUAUUGCGUGGAUGAUAUUGGAGGUCCAGGUGAGACUCCUGAAGAUGUUGGCACUAGAGUUGCGUAUAAUCUCAUGGAUCUGAUCCAAGGCAGUGGUUGUAUGGGCAGAAAUCAGCUGGAGCUUGCAUUUGUGUACAUGGUGGUGGGUAAAGAAGACAUUGGACGUGUUUUGGUGAAUAAGAAGCAACUAGACGCCAGAUUGGUGCUACUAUUAAGAGACAUAAAGACCAUAUUUGGCACCAACUUCUUCUUCAAGGACUGCAUCGACCAUUCUGACUGCCUGUACGCCACAGUCAAAGGUAUCGGCUUCACGAAUGCAUCCAAGAAGAUUGCUUAG